GCGAGUUGGGGAAAGGAGGCGGUUGGAACCGUUGGGGAGCGCGAGCGGGUGGCGAGCGCGCGGCGCCGUCCAAUCGGAGCGCCGCGUGGAUGGGUGAGUGACAGGCGGCCCUGCCGGCGGCCGCGGCAGGCGGGUGGGGGUGGGUCAAAAGGCCGGCUGUUUGGAAGGGGGAGCGGUGCGCGCAGGUGAGUCGCUCUUGCGCUGCUGAGGGAAGGAGGGAGGGAGGGAGGAAGGAAGGAAGGGGAGGAGCCGCGUCCGCCUGUGAGGGAGCGCCGGGGUAGAUCCCAGUUCCCUGGCUAUGGUGUGUGUGUCUGUGGGGGGGAAGCUCGGCUCUUUUCCUCCGCCUUCUCCCACCCCUGCCUCCGUUCACGCGCCGCCGCUGUUUCCCUCACGGGCUUCCUUCCCCUCUUCCGCCAUCGCGUGGCGUGGCCGGGGGGCGCCAGGUGCGCAGCCUCCCCGCGCCCCACCCGCUUUACCGAGGAGAAUAUUCGCCGCCGACAACGCUUCGUAACAUCUCCACACGUUCAAAUUCAAGGCGGGGUGUGUGUGUGUGUCUUGUGUGAAGCUGAACCGCGGCGGCCCCUCAUUUCCCUCGUCCCCCGAAGGAGCCCCGAGGUGGUAGAAUGGGCCGCGCCGCUCCUGGUGAGGGAUGCUGCCGUCUCUCUUGUCGUUGUGUUUUUGAUGUUUUGUUGGAUUUAAAUCUCCAUUCUUCCUACCAGAGCCGUUGGAGUGGUGUGCGACAUGUAUAAAACACGGUGGCUGCACCAAGGACUGCCUACUCGAAAGCUAAAGCAACAUCCCCGCUGGAGAGCAAGAGUUCAUUUCCUAGGGCAGCUGGGGAGGGUUGCCCUCUGAUACCUUAUCUGCUUCUUUCAUCUUCCUGUUCCUCCCCCAUAUUCCUUUUUUCGAAUUAUUCCUACAUACCUGUUUGUAAACUGCUGCAAGAUGGGAAAUUGCACAAUAGGUUCUGGGCCAAACUCUCACCCACAGUGCUUGUUUUCUCCUUACAAUGAGGUGGGUUUUUUUUAAAGGGUGUUCUUUAAAAGUAGAUUGAAACUUAGUGGUUGCAUCACAAGUUUAUGGAGAAAGUUGGCCAUUAGGGCUAUGGUGAGGUGGCGACUAACUGAUCAAUGGCACCCAGAGUUAUUUUCAAAACAUUCUCCUCUGGGCACCCUGUUUCAAUCAUACAAAGGCUCUCUGUUGCUCAACAACUUUGGCUGGGUGCUUCCCCUAAAAAAAGGUGGUGAAGUUCCAGCAUCUCUUUUUUAUAUAGAAAAAAAAACCACUUUAUAAGUGUCAUGCAGUCAGCUAACAUAGGAAACAGGAAUUGAUCUCAGUGCGACUUAUUGAGUGGGGUUAGGAUUGUGCUGGACAUGAUAUGAACAUAAGCUGAUCAAAGCCCAGGCAUUGUAUGGCGAAGAAGGGUAGUUCAUACAGGAUGGAUGUUGUGCUUUCUCUUCCCCCUCAGGCACUUAAAAUAUAUAUCAUGUGCUUUCCCCACCUGUCUGAUCAUAUUCACAACAUAGGAUAGUAUUGCUGAUCACCUGUUAUUCAGUGUUCUUCACAACAGUAUCAGCUGCAGCCCUUACUGCCUCUUGUAAUCAUUUGGAGAGUAAAUUAACUCAUAGAGAAGAAAAACCUGCCUGGUUCUGUUUACAAAGAAGUCUGUGUGAUGUAGUUAACACUGAAGGUGCAUGGACAAGGUGCAGUCCUUUGCCACAACCUACUCCUGAAAUCAUAUGGAACCACUAGAUUCUCCUGCUCAGUCAGGCAUUCUCCUGCAGCUGAUGACCUUCAGGGCCACAUUCCUUGGGGGUAAUUGGCUGAGUGGUUUAUAUGUGGGUGAAGGAUAGAGCUGGAGCCCAAAGUAGGCAAGGUACCACACUUCUCUCUCACUGUUAGCCCCAUUUACCACCUUCUUGCCAGCCACAUUAAAUGAAGCUAAGAGGUACAGACUGCUCAUCCCUCUUCUAGAUGUCUGAAAAAAAAAUAAUUCAACCGAUUUGACCAGGGCAAUCUGAGAUGCAAUCCAAAAUGGAUCCAUGAAUUACACUUUCCCUAAACCCAAGGUUAAAAUCUGGGAUUGCCAGACUUCAUUGGCAUCAUCAGUUUAUUCUCAGGUUUCUUUGAUGCAUCCCUCUGUAAGUGUACAGGAUAAAUUAUUGGUAUUUGCACACUGAUCAAUAGACUAUUGGUAGUGGGAUAAAGGUAAACUGUGAAGAUUAUGGUUGGAUCUUGCAGCAUAAACAAGUUGGAAAUAAAACUUGUUGAUGACAUUCAAUAUUGACAGGUGGACUAUACUAGAAAAGGAACACCAGAUAUAUUUACAGAACAUUGUGUUCUAUAUUAGUUGUUGCUACCCAAGAGAGAGGUGCUGGAAUUGCUGUGGACAGCUCCUUGGAAAGAUGUAAAGCUUUUACAUAAUGUGUGUACAGACUUUUCAGUUUUCAUUGGCUGUUGUAGAUCUGGAAAAGGUACAUUUUGGUUUUGAGGAAAGGCUGUGAAGUCAGUCUUUAGUUUUGCAAUUAAAGAGAGGAUAGAGUGAAGAACAUGAAUGGAUAGAAAAAAGAUUGAGGCAGCCAAAACUCUGCACAGUAUUCUAAAUGCAUUUGUGCAAGAGAUUUGUAUAACAGCAUUACAUUGGCAGUUUUAUUUUCAGUUUCUUUCCUAAUGAUCCCUAGCAUGGAAUUUGUCUUUUUCACAGCUGCUGCACAAUAGGUCAACAUCUUCGAACUAUCCACUAUGACACCAAGGUCUUGUGAUAGAAAAUUCAUGAUAGAAAAUGGAAUACAAGGAGCUGCAUUUGGGGCGAGGGGUGGAAUUCUAAUAAGCUUCAACAGGAUGUGGAAAUAGCUCAUCUCUAUAUAUGCAGCAUCUGUCUCUGCUUCUGAAUUAACCUCUCUUAAUUUCUAAAAAUCAAAAGCAUGGGUAUUUUUUUUGGAAGAAAGCAUAACAAUACCAGGAGAAAGGUUUUAUAAAUUUAAAAAUAAAAGUUUUUCCCAUAGAUCAUUUGGUCCUUAGCUUUUAAACAGAUUUUUCUCCUCAGUGAUUGUCAAAAUGGGAAAGAGCUUUUAAGAAGCAAACUUGAAUUGUACAGUCACACAAAUGUACACAUUUCAGAGCAGGCUAUUGCCACAUUUGCAACUGGCAUAUGGAAGUUAAGAACAGUAGAAUAACCUUUCGGGAUAAAGCCAAAGAACCAUGUAGUCCAGCAUCUUGUUUUCUACAGUGUUUUACCAAGUGCUUCUGGGAAGCCCAAAACCAGGUAAUGAAGGCAAUGGACUUUCCCUCCUGUCCCAAAACCAGGUAUUUAUAUACCACAGGAAAUGGUAUUUAAAAGUAAGCUACCUGGAAGUUUCCCUUAGUUGUUGUGGUGAAUAAGCCAUUGAUAAACCUGUCAUUGAUAUUGACUAAUCCCCCUUUAAAGGCAUCUAGGCCAGUGAGCAUUGCCACAUCUUGUGAAAUCUGGUGGCUUUUGCAUUCUAUAAAUAAAAACUGGAUACCUCAAAGAUUCACAUUAGACAAUUGAUUGCCUGAUGUCUUUGAAGUACUAUAUCUUUUUUACGAAUAGCACCCACUAACACUUAUUUCGAAGAGAAACCAAUAGUAUCUUCCAUACUAUCUCAAUAAAUAUUAUUACACAAUUGGUUGUCUUGUCUAAACCUCUAAGGUUUCCUCCCCUUUUGUUCCUUUAUUAGAUGCUUUUAUUUUUAUUUAAUUGAGCUGAUUUUAGUUCAUUGGUUAAAAUUCAGUCUUUGCAUAUUUCUCGAUGGCAUUUACUUUCUUGGCUCUUUGCAUUUAUGAAAGAUAAGAGGAAAAGCUGAACUACUGAAACAAGAUCUCACUGCAGGAACAAGCUGAAUUGCGGGGUGAUUGUUAAGGAACAUAGCAAAUCACUAAUCUCUUGUCUGCUACAGGAAGAAGUACAUUGAAAGCUGAAGAAGAUGAAACAGCUAAAAAGGAAAAGGAAAAGCAAUUUUAGUGUUCAGGAAACUCAAACUCUACUUAAAGAAAUCCGAAAAAGGAGAGAAGUGCUUUUUUCUAAACAAUUAAAUACAACCAUUAAUGAGAUGAAGCGGAAGGCUUGGGAGGAAAUAGCAGAAUGUGUUAAUGCUGUUGGUGAAGGAGAGCAAAGGACAGGGACAGAAGUCAAAAGGUGAUACCUCGAUUGGAGGGCCCUUAUGAAACGGAAGCGACUUAAUACCAACAUAAAGCUUGUGGGUGCUGGCUUUCACCUUCCAUCAUCUGAUUUGGAUGAUUCUCUCAACGAAGAUAUUGAUGAGAAAAUUGGAUUUCCAACUGAAGCUGGUUUUGAAUGGCAGAAUAUUACAGACUUCAGAGAAGCAGGUGGAUCAUUAACAGAAAUAAAAGUGGAAGAAGAGGAGGAGGAUCCACAGAGUUUUGAAGUAAGUAGUUCCUGCAUGGUAAGUAUAUUUUAUUUGUAUGCUUCCCUUCUGUAAGAUUUCCUAGCUCAGCUACUGUAUAAUUUCCAAUCCUUAGUGACAACUCACUCUGUUGUCUCCUAGAUUUGAAGCGAAAUCACCUUUACAGAGCAAUACUAAAAUAAGGUUACCAGACGUCCCUGUUCCCAGGGACAGUCCCUGGAUUUACAAAUCAGUCCCCAUACAAAAUCCAUUGAAGUUGAAAAGUGUCCCUGGGUUCAUUGAAAAAAAUCUGGUAACCUUAUACUAAAAGCUGACUGAAGGCCCUCUGAUGGGUCAUUGGAAGCAGUGUAAGUGCCACUCAAAGGCCUGCUGGCAGGAUGGCAUUUAUGGCAUUGGAGCCCCCAUGAGGAAAACUCUGCAGGCAUAGAUGUUAUGCCAACAGUCUUAUGCCAGUGGUGAGACCUCAACAGGGCAAGUCAGGGUAGCUAAAGAGCUGCAAUAUCCUCAGACCUCUUGUCCAUUAGACCUGUCCCUAAAAAGGGCCAGCAGGUUUAGGAAGUAGCAGAACACCACAGGGCCCCACCCCAAGAUAGGAUUGCUCUGUCCAUUGCUCAAUCUGCACAAAGUUUGGAUAACAAUGAAACAUGUAGGUGAGAUCUUAAUGUGCUCUUCCAAAGGCUCACAAAAAUCUUAGUCUGAGGGCCUCUCUCAGAAGCUAUAUAAAGUUUCUGCCUUGCCUUUCCUACAGCUGAUAGGUGUAUCUUUACCUAGUGCAGAACAUCAUUAAAUUGCUAAUUGAUUUUCUUAGUUUCCUAUCGAGGAAGAAGAGGAGAUUCUGUCCUCAGUGUUGCCAGAUUCUAAAAAGGAAAGUGACCUUCCUGAUUUCACUCACAUCGAAGAGUUUGGCAAUCUAAGCUCUGCUCAAGCUAGGCUGGCCUAUGAAGAUUCUCAUCUGCUGAUUAGCCUUGAAAAACAGAAGCUGGAGUUAGAGAAACAGCGACUGGAUAUAGAAGCAGAACGCCUGCAAGUGGAGAAGGAGCGCCUGCAGAUCGAAAAAGAGCGGUUACGACACAUUGACCUGGAGCAUGAGAGGCUUCAACUGGAAAAGGAGAGGUUACAAAUAGAGCGAGAGAAACUGAGGCUUGAGGCUUUGCAUGCUGAGAAACCUGUGCUGGAAAAUGACCCCAGCCAGUCAGAAAAACCUGCCUUGCAACCUCUGGAUCUAGAAACUGAAAAACUAAAAAUUGAAAAGGAGCGCUUACAGCUCGAGAAGGAGAGGCUGCAGUUCUUGAAGUUUGAAUCAGAGAAAUUGCAAAUCGAAAAAGAACGUUUGCAAGUGGAGAAGGAGCGCCUUCGAAUUCAGAGGGAAGGGCACCUGCAAUGAACUUGGAGAAACCAUGAUUAACAAUGCUGUGCUUUGUUUGUUCUUCCUCCCUUUUUUCUUUUUGAAAGGGUAGCUUGGUUUCAGUAAAAGUGUUGGAUAGUCUGGUUGUCAAAGCAUUUCACCAUCCAAGAGAAUCCUGCUUUCCAUUGCUUUGAUACUGUGAUGCUUACAUCUUGACAGUACUUCUUUUUCUGUUGCCAGAGUUGAACAUUAAUGUGUUCAAGUUUAAAAGAAGCUAAGGAAUGGUGCUCAGUAAGUCAGUGUGCCUGUGUAAAUGGAGCUUAUGUGUGAAAUUGCAUUUCAGUGUAAGAGAAGUGUUAAAUGUCCUCUUGCAUUCUCUGUUGUAUAGAUUUGCCUCCACAUUAAGCAUCAAGGCUUAGCUGUAUCCUGUCCUUCUUAAGAGUGUUAUUCUAAAUCCAUAGGAGCUUUCAACACAAAUUUGCAUUUGAUCUAAAGGAAUGAGAUUAAAAGUAGGCCUUAUGCUUUACAUAGUGUUAACCAUGAAAGUAAUGCCUUUAAAAUGAGGUGUGUUCUUCUCUAGAGAAAUGUUGAAAGGUCAGACUUUGAGGCUCUCAGUAGUUUUCCUACUCAACUAUGUUUGUUAGUAGAAAAAAGAAUAAAUGAAGCUUCAUGUAUGAAAACACAGAUUUCACCAUUUAUUUCCAAGCCAGACUUUAGAACCUCUGGCUUCUGUAGAUAGCUUUGGUGGCCCACUUUGACAUUGAAGUGUUUGAGCAGAAAUAUAUCUUGUGGGAUUUACAUAGAUUAUUUGUACAUGUCAGUUUAUUUAUAUCACUAUGUAAUUACUUUUAUUUUGCAAAUAAAGUGUUAUUUUUUCUUACUGAAAUAA